AGUCGAUGGCAUGGUAACACUGUACAAGCAUUAAAAAUGGCGACAACGUGCUCCGUUGUUCUUUUUGCGGCCGUUUCAUCUUGACAGCUAGGUGGUGUUAUCUUACGGUAACGUUCGCGGACAUGGGUUCAACUGCGCUAGAAAGUGGUCCGGUGAAUGCCCGCAGAAAAGCGCUAUUCGCCGCAGUGUGUUCAAUUUGCUUGGAGUCCGGUUUCGCGUCCGCCGAACGGCCCGCCGUGGAGAGCUUGGUGGAAAUGCUGCAAAGCUGUCUGGCCGAAAUUGCCAGAAGCAGUCGCGCCUUCUGCGAGCUUUCGGGAAGGACGCAGGUUCUAUCCGGCGACGUAUUCGUCGCGCUCAUCGAAGCUGGCAUCAACGUGGAAUCCCUAUGGGCUUUCGUCAAGCGGAGCAACAGGAUAACUCUUCCCACUCCCUCCAUGACACCACGUUCGUCCACACCGAAAAUCCUGCAAGCAGGAGAGAAAAAAUCCCUGCCGCCGUACAUUCCGGAACACCUGAUUCCAUUCCCCGAUCCGCAUGCCUACAUCAGGACGCCGACGCACAAGCAGCCUGUGACAGAGUACGAGGCCAUCCGAGAAAAACUGGCCAGUCAAAAGAGAGACGUCGAGAGGGCGUUGACCCGAUUCGUCGCUAAAACAGGCAACACGCAAAGUCUCUUUGCAGACGAUGCCAACCUCUUCCCUUUGAUAGCGUGCAAGCCAGUGUCCCAACCUUACCUGUGCGCCCUGCUGCCAAAGGACCAGGUGUUCGAACAUCAGGACGAAGACGGCAGCAAGGAAGGCGGAGGUCAAGGUUCGGACAGGCGGUCCGAACCUGCGGAACUGGUGGACAAUCCCUACUUGCGCUCCGUCAAGAUGCCACGCAAGCGGAAGCGUUGACCGACCUCCUUCAGGACGAGCGUGCAACAAAAAAUUGAGCUUAUGGACUUCUUUCAAAGGUGCUGUUAGUGAGGCGUUGCACUGGAAAGUCAAACAAAGAACAAGCUUUUGGGACUUUCUUGAAAGAGGUGUUCGGUUGACUGCAAAGGUUUCUGCCGGAACUCGCAUGGUGCCAUUUGUUGUCUUACAGCAGAUCUGGGCUUCUGGUUUCAUUGGGGGUUGGAGCAAGAUGUGGCUUCCCUGGUGGCCAGUAGCUGUACUAGUGUCAGUAUAAAUGGUUGAUUCACCUGGAA